AUGUUCACCACACUCCCAGAUUUUACCCCGCGAGAUUCGCAUUCCUUGUGGUAUAGGUCUUCUCGCAGCCCAUUGACUCCACAAGGGCCUGUCGACAACCAUCACCACGGAGACCCCCACAGCCACCAUCAUGGCAGCAACCACUCGCGCCAACGUGGCCACGCUCUCGAGCGCUCAGCCCUCGCUCGCCUUGCUGCAGACGAGCAGUAUAUGCAACGCAGACGACUGAAUGUCCAGAAUUACGGCAGCGGCUGGCUGAGGCCCCCUGGUGUUCCUAAGACACUACAUCAGCUGCGCGAGGAGAAACGAGAACAAGAAGAGCACCAGGAAGCGAUGCGUCGGGAACAGCUAGCCCAAGAACUUGCGGAGGCGGAGGCAGAGGCCAACCCGGAGAAUGGAAUGAUGGAUGACGUCCAAUUGGAUGGGGCCCAGGACCUAGACGAUGAGAUUCCAGAUGCCGAUGAUGAGUUUGGAUUGCACGACGAUGAUGAUGACGAUGACGAAGAAGAGGAUGAGGAGGAUCUAGAUGAGGACGAGGGCGGUGAGGCCGAGGAAGAUGCAGACGAGUCGGUUUUGAGAGAGGAGCGGCAAAACGACCUCAUGGCUGCACGCAUGAGGAUGAACGACGAUGCCUUCCGAGAAGCUCUCGCUCGCGGAGACCCCGACGGGGAAGGGAUGUACGGUGGGGAUGAGGAGAUUGAAGAGGAAGAGCAGGGCCAUAUGUUAGAUGAGGACGACUUCGCCCAAGAGGGAACCGACGACGGUCUAGGCGUAGACAUGGACGCAGAUCUUGACGACGACAUUCCCGAGGCUGAGAGCGGCGGCUACGAGCACACCGACUCCGAGGCCGAGUUUACGAGUAGCAGUGAAGAGCAGGACGACGACGAUGAGGAUGAUGCCGACAUUAGCUUCGCGCCUCGCUCUGCCGCCCUCGCACCGCCGCAGUCUCCAACCCUCCAAGGCCGCUCGAGCAUCGGCCGUCCCAGCAUGGACCUAAGCAAUCUCCUCUCCCAGGAUGGCAGCAGCUUCAUGGAAAGUAGCCCUGCCGGUCGCCGCGGCCGCUAG